AUGCACAUAUCUGUGGCGCUCAAUUCAGCAGCUGGAAUUUACGAGUACAAAGCACUGCUGUCCAACCAGCCUAUCAGCCCUUUGAAUCGCCUUCGCGAGUCGACUCCGUUCAUAGACAUCGAGUAUGUAAUUCGAGUAGGAGGACGGCUGCAGAAUGCGGCCCUUGUGGAGACAGAGAAAUACCCGAUAAUCUUGCUGGCCAAGCACCAAGCAACCUUGCUCUUGGUCCGAGAAAUGCACCUGGCGAUACUUCCCGGUGGCCCUUUUCUCACGUUCAGCUCCCUUAACAGGCAAUUUUGGCUUCUCCAGGGACGAAACACCUUUCGACGUAUCAUGCGCCAAUGUGUGACGUACGCAAGGCACAGGGCCAGUACCAUAAGUCAACUGAUGGGCUCUUUGCCCACACCGCGAGUUCAGCCGACUCACUCCUUUACCAACGUCGGGGUGGAUUACGCCGGCCCCUUUUGGUACAAGGCCUCUUCCAGCUGA